GUCAUUUUCCCAUUUGCAACUCAGACGCACUAAAGCUAAUAGCUGCAGGUGAGAGAGAUGACAAAGGCUAUACACGUGAAAAAUUGCGCGACAAAUCCAUCAAUUUUCAAUUCAAUCAUCUCCAUAGCUCGGCAAUUUUUCUCUACAACAUGUGCAGUAUCAGGCUUAGAAUCAGAACCAGAAGGAGUACGCAAACUAUUUGGUUCACCUAUUGGUGUUUUACAAGAUAAAGAUCUUCUCAAGAAGGCUCCAAAUGGGGAGCUUUUAGUACUAUAUCUUAUUGAUAAUGGGGCAAUGGACGCAGAUGCUAGUUUAUACAAUCAGCUUCUGAAGAAAUGUACGGAAUGGAAGCGACUGAAAGAAGGCAGAGUGGUUCAUGAACACUUCUUGAGGUCGAGGUUUAGUCAUUAUACUGUUCCGAAUAACACGUUGAUUAAUAUGUAUGCGAAGUGUGAGAGUAUGGGUGAUGCUCGCAAGGUGUUUGAUGAAAUGCCUAAAAGAGAUAUGGUUUCUUGGACUGCGUUGAUUACUGGGUAUUCGCAGAAUGAGGAUGCUAAGGAGGGGUUGGUUUUGUUUACUGAGAUGUUGAGGUUUGGGUUUAUGCCGAAUCAGUUUACGUUUGGGAGUGUUCUCAAGGCUGCUGGAGCGUUGGAGAGUGGCGGUACGGGUAGGCAAUUACAUGGGGGAUGUGUGAAGUGUGGAUAUGAAGAGAAUGUUUAUGUUGGGAGUGCUCUUGUGGAUAUGUAUACAAGGUGUGGACUAAUGGAUGAAGGGAAGAUUGUGUUUGACAAGUUAAGUUGCAAGAAUGAGGUUUCGUGGAAUGGUUUGAUUGCUGGGCAUGCGAGGAAAGGUGAAGGAGAAAUUGCUCUGAAGCUUUUCUGUGAGAUGAAAAGAGGCGGUUUUCAGCCGACCCACUUUACAUUUUCUAGUGUUUAUGCAGCCUGUGCAAACAUUGGAGCUCUAGAGCCCGGGAAAUGGGUGCAUGUUCAUAUGAUCAAAUCAGGGUUGGAACUUAUUGCUUUUAUUGGUAAUACUCUGCUUGAUAUGUAUGCUAAGUCUGGUAGCAUUGAUGAUGCCCGAAAGGUUUUUGAUCGGUUAGUGAAAAAGGAUGUGGUCUCUUGGAACUCGAUGCUUACCGCCUAUGCUCAGCAUGGACUUGGAAAAGAAACCGUAGAGUGCUUUGAGGAAAUGCGUAGAAUAGGACCUGAACCUAAUGAAGUGACUUUUCUUUGUGCUCUUACAGCUUGCAGUCAUGCUGGGCUUCUAGACAAUGGAAUGCAUUAUUUUGAAUUGAUGAAGAAAUUUAAAAUAGAACCUAAUAUUUCACAUUAUGUGACCAUUGUUGAUCUACUUGGUCGAUCAGGUCAACUUGACCGUGCUGAAAAGUUCAUUAAUGAAAUGCCAAUUGAACCAACUGCAGCCGUUUGGAAAGCUUUGCUUGGAGCUUGUAGGAUGCAUAAAAAUUUGGAGUUGGGUGUUUAUGCAGCUGAACGUGUGUUUGAACUUGAUCCACAUGAUUCAGGGCCACAUAUUUUGCUGUCCAACAUCUAUGCCUCUGCUGGUAGGAGAAGUGAUGCUGCAAGAGUUAGAAAAAUGAUGAACCAGAGUGGAGUUAAGAAAGAACCUGCUUGUAGUUGGGUGGAGAUUGAGAAUGCUGUUCAUAUGUUUGUAGCAAAUGACGAUGCCCAUCCACAGAGAGAGGAGAUCCGUAACAUGUGGGAGAACAUAACUGAUAAAAUUAAGGAAAUUGGCUAUGUUCCAGACACUAGCCACGUGCUUUGGUUUAUGGAUCAGCAGGAGAGGGAAGAGAGAUUGCAAUACCAUAGUGAACGACUUGCUUUAGCAUUUGCACUUCUCAAUUCUCCACCUGGGUCCCCAAUCCGCAUUAAGAAGAAUAUCAGAGUUUGUGGUGAUUGCCAUACUGCAUUUAAGUUUGUUUCAAAGGUGGUAGACAGGGAAAUCAUCUUGAGAGACACAAAUCGGUUCCAUCAUUUUCGCAAUGGUUCUUGUUCCUGUGGAGACUACUGGUAGUGCAAAAAUAUUUUCCCAUAUAUGCAAUGGUUAACUAUCAAAGACUCGUUUAAAUUAUCUGUGGUAACGUGAAAUCAUUCUGGACUUGACUAUCAUGUUGGACAUUGUUGCGAUUGGAUGAUGCAUGUUUUCCUACCAAAAUUGGUUGUUGGCUUAUACACAAGCAUCUCCUAUAUAUGCAGUCAUCCAUCUAAUGGAUUAGAAGGCUUCUUUGGUCUUAGAAGGCUGGUUUUGACUACUUUAUUGCUUUCUAGCACAUAGUUAGAACCAGGUUACUCACAUGGUCUCUGCCUCUCUGAAUAGCACAGGAAUGAUAGCAUAAUGGCAAGAGGUUCUGGAAAAUACUGGUGCCAAUUGCCAAUGAUUUUUGCACUUGUAGAGAAUCAAGACCACCUUGCAGAUUCUCUAGGGAAGCAUCUAGGUAUGAACUGAAGGGACCUUUAUGCAGAAAGACAGAACAAUACAGUUGAAGUAGACCUUGAUAAUGGGGUAGCAGUGUAGCAAUGCAACUCAGAAAUGCUGAAAACCUUCUCAAAUUCCUGUGGGAUGUGUAGGUAGUCAAAGCCUUGAGAAUGGUACAAGAGUAUGGAUCCAUGAAGAAACUAUGGCAAAGGCCAAAAGAUUCUGGAAAUAAUUCCAUAGCACAUGGUGAAGCAGACGAAAGUUGAGAAUCUUGAUUGAAAAUGUGAGACUGCAGUGUAAUGAGGGUAAGACAAUCAUCUUGGACCCCGAACUUUGAAUUAGGUCAAAGAUUUCUGGUUCAUUUAACCCUUGUUACUGGGCUGAAUGUCACAGAGAACUUAAGAUUCUAAUGUCAGCAAGUAGAAAGCACCAGACAGCUUGGAUUCAGAGAACUAUAGUUACAGGUGUAGGCUAAUGCGACUAUGAUUUGAUCAUCUCAAUUAUGCUUUCCUGGAUUAUAUCAUAUGCAUUUUGAACGGGGACUGUGUUUUGUUGAUCGAGAUGCAGACCAGAUUGAAGGAUGUGGCGAAGAAGAUAAGAUCUUUCACCAGAUCGUGUCAAAGAAGCUUUUAACUGAAGUACUUGCAGUGAGAAAGCAAGAAAUGUUGUAGACUAACUCAGUCAAGGGAUGUCCUUCUUCGCUCCAGCCAGAAAUUGCUGAAACCUAGCAUGCUCCUGUGAAGCUUUCCAAUAAGAACCUUUAUUGUUGCUUGAAUUCGACGUGGUAGCCAGGGGCAAAGCAAUCCUUACCCCAGGGGUUU